AUGGACCCUUCUUCCCCAGAGUCCUUUGAAGACACUCUUCCCCUGCGGGAACUUCCCACUGAGACCUCUCUGGGCGAGUCAGCGGCCUGGGACUUGUACAGCUCGGCCAGCGAGGACCCCAGGAGCUACGAGACGUCUCCGGCGUCGGACGAGCAGCUGUCGUGGUUCAGGGUGCAGCAAACGGAGUCCCGCAGCAGCAGGGGGGCCCCCCAGCAGCAGGGGGGCCCCCUGGCGGCCCCCCAAAGGGCCCCCCCUGCCAAGGCCCCCAGCCGCAAACCCCUCCUGGCCCUCUUUGCACUGCUCGUGGGCGCGGCCCUCCUGGCCAGGGGGGCCCCCAGGGUCCUGGGGGCCCCCCAGUUGAGGCUCUUUAGCCAGCAACUCCCGAGCUUGGGGGCCCCCCAGGGGGACUUGGAAAGAGAUUUAGCGGCACAAAUGGACAAUAAGGAUAGUCUUGAAGAUGUCAAAUUUGCACAAGACGUCAAAGACGCACUAGACGAGCUCGAACGCAUUUUGGAGAGAGAGGAACUCACUUAG